AUGCCUCUCUACGGAAAUGUCAGCGAGUCCUGCGGCAUCUGCGCCUGCAGGUGCUGUCAGCUUGGCUGUAAAGCUGAGCUGUACAAUCAACUGCUGAGUGGGCUGCCUGACAGAAAUGCCACAGCUAGCACAACGCCUGAAUGGACUGAUGGAUCAAACAUUUCGAUGGCUUCAGCUGGCGCCAGACAGCCAAGCGGUGUGAUGUCCGCAGCUGUGCAGGACGUGCCUGGAAGUAAACGCAAGACACCGGAGUGGGGUAUUCAAAUGGGAGGCACACAACAAAACUUUUUUCAUUCUCCCCUGCCACCAGGAAGUGAAGGAAGUGCUCCGUCAAAACCCUCACAGACUGGCACAAGUAAGCCUGCAGUCGUUUCUGGACCGAAACCGGGAGUUGGCAGUGGUGCUUUGCCAGCUUCUUCUCCCUUUUCACAACCGCAGUCAUUGCCACCACCGCCACCACCUCCACCCCCUCCACCUCCUGCACCUUCCACGCAACAGCCAGACAUCAAACCAAUCGCAGCAAAGAAGCCGACCAACCCGUCUGCUGCUCAAUCGAGUGGCUACAUGGAUGAGCUGAAUGAAAGGCUGGCCAAACGAAAACAGGCAUCCAAUGCAACUGCCAUUUUAGGAGAGGGGGGAAGUGGAGGAAGUGAUGGAGGUGGUAGCUGUGGUGCAAAGCCAAACGCUGCACUGCCGGCUAAGCCAAGUUCACAAGCUGCUCAGAAGCCGCCGGUUCCACCAAAGCCAGCCUAUCUUUCUUCUGGCCAACAUCCAUCGCCGGUGGUGACUGCACUUCCCCUCCAUGGCUCGUCUAUGCCUGCUGGUGGUGUUCCACCACCACCACCACCACCUUCCCAGCCCUCUUCGGCGCUUCCUUUGCCAGGCAAACCGGUGUCACUUCCCACACCAAGUGCUGCAGGCAAACCGACCACCACCACCACCCCCACUGCGCCUGGAACUAUGCGAAUCAGUCCGGCGGACCUACAGGCACAGGCUGCCAACCUGAAGCCUACAUCAGCAAAAGAUAAAGAUGACAAGGAUAGUAAGGCAGCUAAGAAGAGCGCCGCACCUGACAUUCUGGUGGCAGCUGCCAUUCAGGCGAGGCGUAGGCAAAUGCGAUGCUCAAGCAGUGACUCAAGCAGCAGUGACUCGGAUUCGGAUUCGGAAAAGUGGAAGUGA